AGCCUCCGGCUCGAGCGCGCCUCCUGCCGUUUCUUUGUUGAGGUUGUUUUUUUGGUGGCAGCCUCGCCCGCCGCGGCCGCCGGGGAGCCCAGGUCCGUCUGCGCGCCCCUCCCCGAAGGGUGCGGCACAGAGGGGGAGGAGACAAACAAACAGAACAUAUGGGAAAAUAUGGGGAAUCUUUUUAUUUGUGUGUAUUUAUUUGUGUGUCCCAGGGUCCCUUCAAGGAGGCCCUGCCCGACCGAAGGCCAGGGCCCGCAGCCAGAGCCAUGGCCCGCCGCCGCUCGGCCGCGCUGCCCUCCGCGGCGCUCGCGCUCCUCGCGGGCGCCGCCCUGCGCCAGGCGUUUGUGGGGCUCCCCCGCACGCCGGAGCCUUCCAGGGUUCCCCUCCGCGCGGAGCCCGUGGCGGCGGCCGCCGCCGCCGCGGCGGCGGCGAAGGCCGCGGCGGCGGCAGGCGGCGCCAAGGCCGUCGCGGGCGCGGCCGGCGCCAAGGCCGUCGCGGCGGGGGCCGCUGGCGCCGGCGGCGCCAAGGCGGGCGGCGCGGCGGCCGCAGGCGCGGCCGCCGGGGCGGCGGCGCUGGGCAGGCCCGGGAAAGGGGCCGAGCGGGGCCGCCGGGGCGAGCCCCUGGACGGUGCGCGGAGGUAUGUGGGCGCGGCUCGCAACGCCACCGACGGGCCCGCAGAGCCUCCCGAGAUGCGGCCGCUGCUGCAGGACCUGCGCGCGGAGCCGAGCAUCUGGGCGUGCCCCGCCGAGCAGGUGCUGUUCAUGGUCGUCUGUGGCCUCAGUGCGCUGGCGGCAGGAGCGGCCGCGUUCUUCGAGGACGCCGCCCUGCGGAUGCUGAUCUGCAGCGGCUGCCGCUACGACGGCGGCGGCGUCGCGGCCGUCUCCCUGGACGAGGUGCUGUGGACCGUGGGCUUCUUGCGGCACGAGGGCCUGCGCCGCCCGCCGAGGGCGGCCUACGCGCCCGCGCUCGGCCGCUUCCUGGCCCAGCCGGCAGACCACCCGAUGACCGACUUCAGCCUUGUCGCCACGCUUGACGCCGGCGAGGCGGGCGCCUGCGAGUGGGCACCAGAGGGGGGUCUGGAUUCGUGGUCGCACCUCACCAGCGCCUUUCUGUGGCUGAUGCCCGCGCUCGCCUGGCUGUACGGCGGCGCCGAGGUCUCGGCGCUGCUGGCAGCGCUCUGGCGUCGUGGCGGGCUGCCAGGAUCGCCGCCGGAGCGGCUGGCCGCACGGGACGUGCAGGCAGUCUUCGCGCCGUAUUUCAAGGAGGGCGAGGAACAUACGGGUAGAGGCAAGCUCGCCCGCAGCCUGGUGAGGGAGCUGUUCCCGCUGCUGGCCGGCCGAGGCGUCUCCACCCUUGCCGACUUCGAGGGCUGCCGCUGCUUCGAGCCGGAGGAUCUCGGUGCCGUUGUCUGCCCCUCUGUCGAUGCGGCCAUCUGGGGCUACGUGGACCCGCCCUUCCGCACGCGCGGGGACCUCGACCACCGCUUCGUUCGGGAGUUCACUUUGUUAGAGAUGGAGCUGGAGUUCGUCGCCGACAACCCACCGACAAGGGCCCCAGCAGGCAGCACCCAGCUGGAGGGCACCCUACUGAAAGAGUUUCAGGCUCAGUGCAGCCGCCUCUUGCUGGCCCAGCUCAGCCAGCACAGUCUUUUCCGCCGAGUGUACCACAGUCAGCAGUCACCGGCAGUUUACGUCGUGGACGACACUGGAGCCACUCAGGUCGCAUACACGGAUCAGAUCUCACCCGCGCAGCCGAGUUGUCACGAGCCGCAGGGGGAUCCACUGAUGGAGGUCCCCAAGGAAUCCGUCGCGAGCCCAGGCAAGGGCACGGACUCGAGCCUCAGCGGUCGGGCAACGGCGAUGCCAGUGCCAGAAAGUCCUCUCUCAGCUUCGCAGGUGGGGGCGAUUGUCGAGGAGAUCGACAAGGCAUGCGCGGAGAAGGACGUCGACACUGACAUCAAGCUAUCCGUGGACCAGAGACAGAGUCACAGUGAGCGGCAGUUUGUCAAGGAGCUCGAGGGGGCCCUGGCCGGGCUGACCUCGGGGGCGCGGGCGAGGGCGCAGCUGGUGGCGGGGCCCCUGGAGCGGCUCACCCGGCCCGUGGCGACGCAGCUGCGGCUGGCGCUGCACUUUGUCGAGGUGAUGGUGCAGCCCUUCGGUGCUGGGCUGUCGUGGUCGGUGCUCCUUCCUGCCGGCAGCUUCGUGGUGGAGCUCCAGGCGGACGGGGUGGGCCUCGCCAACUUCGUCGGCUGCUUCCAGUCGCGCCCCCUCCCCCCCGUGGCGGCCGGGCCGCGCUGGCCCGCGUCCAACGCGUGGAGCGAGUGGGGCUCCUGGGCUCGCCGCAACAACAUGGUGAAUUUCGCCUGUACGAGUCCCCGGCCAACGAAGGCGCACUGCGCGAGGAGCGUCAUGCCGCGCGCCUGGGACUCGGCGAGCCUGACCGCCGACGUGCCCGCCACGGUGCUACUCGUGCGCGACGCGGUGCUGCGGCUGCGGGCUGGGAAUUCCACGGCCCCGCCCGGCCGUCGUGCGGGCGCGCUCGGUCGUGCGGAGCUCGGCGCGGGCGGCCCUCCCUCGCAGAAGAAAAGUUAG